AUGCUUCUUCCAAAUGCAUUCAGUAUCUCGCUGAAAAGCAAAGUUACUCAACUGGAGAGAAGAUCAGAAGUCAAAGCAGAAGUCGCAAUUGGGGCGGCUCUUGAAAUGCCAUACUCCCAAGGAAUCCAGCUCCUCCAAGGUAUUGAUACAGGUAGCUACAAACUGAAAGGAAAUCCAUUCAAGCUCGACGGUUCAGGGACUAAAGUUGAAUCGAAGGCAGUAGCGUCUGAUAUUAUAUAGAGAGACGUUGUGUCCAAUAGCUAAGAGUAUGCAGCCAACUUGAAGGCCUCAGCAGAUUUCUCAUUCUCAGGAUGGAAAGCAAGCGUUCAAUUCAACUUCGCAAUGGAAAAAGACGUUAAAUUUGUUAGUAACUAAUAGCUGUUUGUUGCUUGGAGGAAGAUUGUCAAUGGGUACGAUGGCUACGAGUAUCCUCCUCCCUUAACAGAGUAUGCUAAGCAAAUGCUAUAGAGCGAUGGAGGUGCUGACACAUUCAAACAGUACUUUGGUGACUAUUACGUCAAAGGAUGUGUAAAUGGUGCUUCAAUGAGAAUGAUCGUUAGAACGAGUGGCUCAUCUUCCUCUGAAAAGGAAUCGAUGGAUCUAAGCCUCAAGGCUGCUUACAACGGAGCAUUUAUGUCUGUCAGUGGUGGAGCUGGAUUUAGUUAAGCGCUUGCUUCAUCAUAGACAAUGAAUCUUGAGUCUGUAGAAAUAUACUACUCUGGACAAGAUAGGGGCUCAGGCGUUAGGAGUCUCUCUAUUGCCUAAGCUGAUCAAGAACUAGUAAACUUCGCUUCAAUUGCGAAGACCGGUACUCCCCUAUAUUGCUUACUGGAAUUAUAUAAUACUCACCCAGAUUACAUUCAAGCUAUCACAUCUAAAGGAGUGCCUGUUGCAACUACUUCUCCUGCAAAAGCAAUUGAUGAUUUCCUUAAUGACAUUCUCUACACAAAGAUGAUCUAGCUGCAAAUCAUAAUGUAGUGGUAUCUUGACGCAAGCGAGAGCCAGCAAAAGGUUUUAGAUGAAGCAGAUUUCGUCAGCCAAGUACUCUUGGCUAACGAAGCCUUGGAAUCAUCCGACCGCGCUGUAAUUAGUGGUAGCAAACACAUUGAUGUGCUGGGAAUUUAACUCUCAAUUGAUAAUCUCGAGCAAGUUUUCUUCAGUAACGGUAUCAGAGACUAAGUCCUCUCACCGACAGAAGUAGUAGGACCUUUGCUUGAUUCUUAUAUUCCAACACUCACUAACUCUCUAACCCUGAGCUCUGACACUAGCUUGGCAGUAGACACUGCAUUUAAGGUGCAAGAUUUAGCUACAUCACUUGACUUCUUAGGAUAAGUUGCUUUGAACAUGGGAUUCUCGCUGCAGAGCUAAGACCAUGCUACUGUUGGCUAGGAUUAAAAUGCACUAAACUUGCUUAAAAGGUUCCAAGCGACUACCAUUUAACCAAUCGGUGCUUUCUUAGAUAGAAGCAUCGCAUCUAACCCCUUUCCUCAAACCUCAGUCACGAAAGAUGUAAAUCUCCUAAGGACCUUAAAUUCUACUGUUGUCUCAGCUAAAGGGUCGUACUCAGACACUAUCUUUACAACAGUUUGUGGGGCUAAGCUUAUUGACUGUAUCAACGCUUUCAAAAACCUCUGUGGGACUUCUAGUGCUCUAUUCGACACUAUAAGAACUCCGAGCUAUUCUUCACACUGGGUAUGGCAAAGUAAUGGAGAGCGUAAGGUUCUCAUUCCGCAGUUUAAUCCAUAUGUUGCCAUUAUGCUAUCAUCUUAUGUGAACUUAAUCUGGGUGAUUGGGGCUUAAGAUAGAAAAGCAAACUUGAAUUCACAAGCACCUUCAACAGCAUCUAGCGAGAUUAAGAAGAUGUUAGAGUGUGCUUUUCGAUCGUUUAUGGAUUCUUAUUAGAGAAAAUUUAGCGAAAUCAUAACUUACUAUAAUAAUAACUGGACAUUUUGCUUUGAUAAAGGGAAUUCAUGGUGCGAAUUAGAUAGCAAUCAAUUGCUGGUAGGUUUGAAAAAGACAGCCAAUGAUAAUGACUUAGCUAGUAUCGAUCUGGCUAUUGGGGGAGUUGGUCCUUGGACAACACUUUCAGGAUAAGCAAACUGCCCUUCUUGGGGCAGGGACUUAGAUGGAAAGGAAUCUUGGGCUCGCUGUGAUUAAAAUCUCCUCAUCAAAGGAUUUUUUAGAGAAACUGGAAUUGGUGGAGGGAACUUAGCAUCUAUUGCUGAUGGUAAAUGCUCGAGCCCUACUCCUGGUAUAUCAUUCGAAAAUUGCUAUGAACAAGAUGUUGUUUCUUCAUUUGAUACGACAGGCAAUUAUGGUUAUUGUCAAAGGCCUGGAUAUUUCUGGUUUGGAUUAAGAGCUGGCUAUGAAGGUGCAGUUAGGGACCUAGACAAGAUCUAGUGUUGCAAACCAACCUAUGCCUGGCAGAAGUUAUCUUGCUGA